AUGGGAGUUGCCUUAGGUAAACAGGAAAUAGAAGAAGAAAUGUCAACACAAAAUACAUUACAAUUAAUUUCCACCGAUCAAAUAAACGAUGAAUUGAGCAAUGAAUUUUGCAAAAGAACAUAUCUAAAGUAUUUUGAAAAUGAUAAUUUACAAUAUUUAGGCGAUGGUGGUUAUAGUAAAGUGAUUAUGACGAAUUGGACCAAGGGACCAAAAUGGUCAUGGGAUGAAGAAAACCAACAAAGAAUUAGAUCUGGACCUAGAAAAGCCAUUGAACUUUUAAAUUUCAUCAAAAACUUUAGUUCUGAUGUCGCCACCAUUAGUAUUUAUAAUAAUGGAUUUGCAUUGUCAGAUGGUAAACUUUAA